AUGACUAUCCAUACCCCAGGAAAUGAUAGCCAAUUGCUUGUAGUCAAUGGGCAGAUCUCAAAGGAAUCAUUGCAAUCCGCGCAGCGAAACAUCUUCAUUGCGGUCAUGGGCAUGACUGGUGCGGGAAAGAGUACCUUCAUUUCGCAUUGCACGGACACGAAAGUUGAGAUAAGUGACCCCAGUGCUCUGCAAUCUUGUACCCAGGAAGUGCAAGUCUAUCGAUGCAAAGGCUUCCCUCCUCACACCAACGUCUUUCUUGUUGACACCCCGGGCUUUGACGACACCAACCGGAAAGAUACAGACAUUCUCAAAGAAAUCGCCACCUGGUUGACAACGACUUACAAGAAUGCUAUCCACUUGAGUGGCAUUCUCUACCUGCAUCGAAUAUCUGACAACCGUAUGGGAGGGUGUGCGCACCGCAAUCUUAUCAUGUUCAAAAAGCUUUGUGGCCCCGAAGGCGUCAAGAAUGUGAUAUUUCUCACCACAUUUUGGGAAAGGGUGGAGGCAGCUGUUGGAGAAACACGUGAAAAGACGUUGAUGACCACGGAAGAUUUCUGGGGAUAUUUUGUCGACAGGGGUGCCCAAGUGCAGAGACAUUGGAACACUGAUAUCUCAGCGACGACCGCGAUACAGAACUUUAUACCUUCUGAUACGGCUAAGCCACCAGAAGAAAUAAAGUUAGCCAUCCAGACUGAGAUGGUAGAUUCACAUAAGGAUCUGGAUCAAACAUCCGCCGGUCAGGAGCUACAAAGCGAGUUACAGAAAGAACGUGAGAAAAUGCAACAGGAGUUAAUUGAGAGAGCUCGGGAGAUUCAAGAAGAAAAGGACCAAGAAAUGAGAGAUAUUCUACGGGCAGACCAAGAGAAACAAGCCAAGGAACUUCAACGCAGGGACGCAGAUAUCCAGGAGCUCAAGAUUAGUAUGGAGAGGAUGCACGAAAAGAAAUUGAAGCAACUAGAAGAACGACUCCUGGAGCAGGAGACUGAGGUUCGCAGGCAACGUGAAGAAUUUGAGCAAAAGAUGCGCCAGAAAGAAAGAGAACAAUUGUCGCAACUGGAGAAUGAACGUCACAGACAUCGUGAAGUGGUUGAGCAGAUGAUGCAGCAAUACCAGGAGAGCUUUCAAAGUAUGCAAGGACAAAGCAACCGAGCUGUUGAGAAUUUGACUCAGCAAAUCAAAGACUUGAAGACAUCCGACAUGCAAUGUCACGAUUGCUACCACACUUUCAAAUCUGCCAGUGAACUAUUUGAUCACAAACAGACAAAACACAGUCAGUUUGCAUACAGCACCAGUAAAGAGGUUGAAAUAGAGGAUAAUGUAUCCAAUGAUGGCUCUGCAGGAUGGGGAUCGACGAAAGCGACAGUCUCAACACCAAGUGAUUAUGGCGAGGAUGGCUACGUAGACCCAUACUUGACGUGCCUAGCUUGUGGAACCAGCUUCUCAAAUAGGCUGGACCUGUUCAAACAUCUCGAAAGAUUUCAGCACGGCCGGGAUCUGGCUACUGGAAAGCCUGAGAAAUACGGGAUGCCUCCUGGAUAUAAAAUCCCAAAAGUCGAUUCAUGGCUGACCUGCCUAGCAUGCAAGAAAAAAUUCUUCGAUAGGGAUGAUCUUUUUGAGCAUAUCGAGAAAUUUCAACACGGCCGGGACCUCAUCACAGGAAAACCUGAGAAAUAUAAAAGGCCUUUCUGGUAUUAA